CCGGUGUCCGGACCUCGGCCCAGAAUCACAGCCCGCCCAUCCUCGAGGGAGACCCGGGCUCCAUUGGCGCUAACCAGCGUACAAGACAUCAGAACGAGCGGCCACAGCUAACUCGGACUGCUUUACUUCAAGCCUUGCGGACAAUCGUCUGACAUAACAGGUGCAACUGUUUAAUGCUAUUCACUAAACCAACUUGUAUCUGACUUAAUACAUCUUUAAACCCUUGGAGCAUCGAUCCCUCUCACCAUGUCCUACCAGCCCACUCAGAACCAGCAUGAAGCGGCCUACCUGUCUCUGAUGAGAGGCCUGAGAGAGCUGGACCUCCGGGGCCCCGCUGUUCCCAGUGACCUGGUUCUGAUUGGAGACCAUGCCUUUCCUUUGGCAAUGAACAGCCGAGGCCAGGUCCUGAUGGCUGCCUCUCUGUACGGCAGUGGAAGGAUUGUGGUCCUGGGUCAUGAGGCCUACCUGACCGCCUUUCCUGCUCUGGUAGAGAACGCUCUGACCUGGCUGCGAGGAGAUGGAUCUGACAGCUUGUCUGUUGGCGUCCACAACAACGUCAGGGCAGUUGCUGAUAACCUCAGUAGAUCCAGCUUCAAAGCUGAAGUUGUGGGGGCCUUUAGUAAAAAUCUGGGGGUGGGAGUGUAUGUGACUGAUGCCUACAGCGUGGGUGCACAUGUGGAUCUGGUGGCGUUUAUGAAAGCUGGAGGAGGAGUGCUGAUAGCGGGGCAGGCGUGGAGCUGGGCUGGAGCUCAUCCCAAGGAGAACACGCUGCUUCUGUUUGAUGGAAACAAGGUUUCUGGUGUGGCAGGGAUCUACUUUUCUGACCGUCACAGUGAGGUAGAGUGCCUGCCUGUCUACCCACAGAUCCCUUCAUCCUGGAUGUCUGUAGUAACUGGUAAAGAUUUUGAGGAUGACCUAGAGUUCUUACUCCAGGGGGUUUCAGAGUUUGACCUCCAGGGUGGAGCAGUACUCUCUGAGGUUCUGGUCCAUGGCUCGCUAGCCUUUCCCAUCGGCACCACAGGUGAUAGACGGGCAUUCUUGGCAGGAGCCUACUACGGUCAGGGACGGGUUAUUGUGGUUACACAUGAAGGACUUCUAGGACGAGAGACACUGGCUCCAUUUUGGAUCAAUGCCCUUCAUUGGCUGGAUGAAGGCAGACAGGGGGUCGUGGGCGUCGUGCCAGAUCACGCACUCAAAGUUCUCAGCAAGUCAGGGUUAAAGUGUGAGAAGACAAAAUUCAGGAGUGACCUGAGUGUGUUUGUGUGCACCGCGUACAGUGAUGAUCAUGCAAAGGAAAUCCAAGACUUUGUGGCAGAGGGAGGAGGCCUGCUGAUUGGUGGACAUGCCUGGUACUGGGCACAGACUCACCCUGGGCAAAACCCAUUAACUGAUUUCGCUGGGAACAAGAUCCUGAACAAAAUGGGCUUGAGCCUGUUGGCAGCAACAAUUGGCGGAGGUAUAUACAAGGCCCCUGUGCCCAGCCAGGCUGUCAAAGACACCGACCACUUCCGCCACCUUCUGAACCGCUUUGCUGGUCAUGUUACCCAGGGCGGGGAACUUAGCAAGCAUGAGGAGGAAUGCCUUAAAAAACUGGGCCAGGACUGCGCCACUUACCUGAACAUGAAGGCUCAUGACUGCUCCUCCUACACACAGGUGGUGUCCACCCUCACUGACAUCCUAAUGAAGUCGGGCAUGCCACAGGUGUGUGACAGCUGCCCUGUGAAGAAGCCCAAAGACCACCUGCUCCUCAGUGUGGGAGCAGAGGUGUACAAGGUCUGCCCAGAUCCUGAUGCCCUCCUGCCCUACCUCAUCAAGCAUAACCCCUUAUUGCCAGUUGUCUACAACCACAAAAUCAAGAUUAGUGCAAACACAGCAGGAGGGGAAGAGUGGAUCAGUACAGGCCUCUACCUCUCUCCUGGUAUGAAGACCUACAUAUCCCUACCAGAUGAGAUUGUCAACAAGGGAUGGCAGAUACAGAUCGGCUGCCAAACAGACCGUCUCAACCAUGCAGAGUUGAAGAGAGCACCAUGUGUUCAUGAGCGAUUUCCUGUGACCUCAAACAUGAUGCAGGUGUGGAACCUGUGGGGGGGACUCAUCUACCUGUUGGCCCCGCCCAAAACACAAGUGGAGGGCCUAGAGGUCACAGUGCAGAUGGCUGUACCUGCACCAUAUUAUAAAUCUGGUUCAACAACAGCAGCUGAGUGGUCGCUGCUGCGCACAGCUCCUUCUCCCUGGGCCGAGUUGGAGUUUGACAACAUCAUCCUCACGGUGCCGUCAGAGGCUGUUCGGAACCUGGACCGCCCUGAUGAGUUGGCGGCACUUUGGAAUGACAUCAUGAAGGCCAUAGCUGACCUGGCUGUCAUACCACACAAAUUUCCGCGCAAAGAACGCUUUGUAACUGAUGUGCAGAUUUCCUGUGGUUGGAUGCAUUCAGGUUAUCCGGUCAUGGCACACAAGGCCUCAGCAUCCGAGUUGGUCAGCAUCAACCAUGCUAAAAGUAAUGGCCUGUGGGGCCCCAUCCAUGAGCUGGGACACAACCAGCAGAGAGGCUGCUGGGAGUUCCCAUCACACACUACAGAGUGCACAUGCAACCUGUGGUCAGUGUAUGUGCAUGAAGAAGUGCUGGGGAUCAACAGGGCACAGGCUCAUCCAGCCAUGACUUUAGCUGGUCGAAAUGCUCGAGCGGCAGAGUACGUCAAGGGGGGCAGGAAACUCAGCGACUGGCACAUGUGGGUGGCCCUGGAGACGUAUAUGCAGCUCCAGGAGAAGUUUGGCUGGGAUGCCUUUAAGAAGGUGUUUGCUGCCUACCACAAGAUGAGCGACUUUCCCCAUGACAACAAAGGAAAGAUGAACCUGUACGCUGAGACUUUCUCCCAGAUUGUGAAGAUGAACCUGGCAGGAUUCUUUAAGGCCUGGGGUUGGCCCGUCGAAACUGCCACUGAGGAGAAACUCUCCAGCCUGCCGCCCUGGAGUGACCACCCCAUGACCCAGUUUGACUGAACUGCACACCGCUGCUGCUUACAAGUGUAGAGAGAGAUGUGGUUCAAUAGUAGCAUAUUUUUAAUAUUGAUUAUUCAGUGGGAAAUUCAAUUAACUGACUUUUGUUUCUAUUUCUGGUCUGUGUAUUAUUGUAUCAUUAACUGCCACAUUUGAAAAAGGAGAGGAGAGUUAGAUCUUUAAUCAGAUCCAUACAACUUUUAAAUCAGCUACAUUUAAUUGUAGAUAUUUUGGAGAUGAGUUCGACAACAGUUUGAUUUGAAAAUGAGGGAUUUAUAACUCUGCUUCAGUUUAACUCUCACAUGUAGCCGCCUCAUAUCUGCUUCUGGACCUUCUGCUUCACUUCACCUGUCUCAGUUACUAGCAUUUAACAAUAACACUAUAACCUGAGCUGUAUUAAGAGGUUACUUAAUUUUGUCAUGUAUAUGUUUAUAUAUGUACCAUUCCUGCAUUAAAAUGUCUCAAAUCUA